AUGGCAUUGGGAUUGGCGUUUGUACGACUACGAUAUACGCAUCACGCACGUUAUAUUCUCUUCUGUGAUUUCUCCGAUUCCCAAUACUAUGGUCAGGGAUGUGGUACAUGCCUCGCUUGCGACAUCUUCACCCAAAACCUUAACCGCACUUCGGAUCCAUGGGUGCACAGCAUAAUUGUCUGUCCGUAUAAUCGCGCCUUUCGAUGUCACCGCAUCUCCACAAAAUCCCGGUCUUUCUCCAACAUCAUGGCUCUCUCUAAACCCGUCUAUCCGGCUCCCAUAUCUUCAUUCUCUUACAAUCUGGACUAUGCAUAUCGAUCUUACAUCUCUUACUCCGCUAACAAUGAUAAUGGUAAUGCACCUCAGGAAACACCAGAAAUAGCAAGGAGCGACCGAACCAACCUGUUAAAUCUCUUGCUAGAAUCCGAGAUUGUCAGGAGGGUCAAAAACCCCCUCUUCCUAGCCCUAAAACUCGCUGAAAAUAACUGUGCUUACUCCUCAGCAUUUUCCAAAUACUCCUCCAUUCUCUACUAA